AUAGAUCAUCAUGGUUGCGCCCUCAGAGAUCUACACUUUGCCAUGUCGGCUAAUUCGUCUUCGCCUUGGCUGCCGAUGGUUUUCUCCCUUAUCCACAGUCAACACGAGAUGUUUGAAUGUAGAAAUCUGUUAACAUCCACAAAUGUAGGUCCUUAUCAAAAAUAUUCGUUCAUGAAAAUGAUGUGCUACUCAUCUAUUCCGAUUAUUUACAGCGAGCCCAGAUGCUCGCUCGCCUCUUUUCAAACACCACCACCCUAAGCCUACCUCAUGAAGUAUUGCAUACUAAUUUUAGCUCUGCGACUGGUAUACGUCGCCGCUGAGGCUCAAAAAGCCGAGGUACCCGAUUGGCUCAAAGAAUACAACUUUGACCCCCCAGGGGAGUGCAGUUCUGAUCCCGCGGGACCGCUGAAUCCUAGGGAAUCAAAAUUGCUGUGCCCACUUCCCGUCGAUGACAAGUCUGCAUUUGAGAAGCGAUCGUGGCAUCCAUGGACAUAUCCUCCGAUGUGCAUGGAAGCCGAGAAUGAAACAGACCCUAAGCUAUGCGUAUACACAUAUAGCAAACUACGGGGAGAUCUAGGAAUAAGUCUCAUCACCACUCCAGAGACAGCCGCUUCUGGAAUUGGCAUCCUCGAAGAUCCUGAUCCGAAAUGGGAAGAAUGGGUCAGAGGCAUCCCUUUGACAGUAUCCGACCCGCCGCCAUACGAGGUUGUGGAUCUCAAAGAUAAGGGCAUGGGCGUUGUUGCAAACCGCACUAUUCGGAAAGACGAAGUGGUGAUGUUGAGACAUCCCGUAAUUGUUCGCAUUUUGGACCCGAGGCCUUGGAAACCCAAAGACGUGAUGAAGUUGCUUCAUCGGGCUACGGUUCAACUACCUCAGAAGCAGGGGCUAGAGAUGCUGAAACUGGCUCAUUCGAAGGGUGGGUAUAUCAUUGACGAUAUAAUCAACACGAAUGCGUUUGGGGUGCUGGUGGAUGGCGUGGAUCAUUCAGGCUUGUAUGUCGAUGUGGCUAGGUUAAAUCAUGCGUGCAAACCAAACAUGUUUAGUCGGUUUUCUUCAACAACUCUAGGGAUGGAAGUUGUGGCAUAUAGGGAUAUCGCGCCCGGCGAGGAGCUAACUUUUAGCUAUUUACCGUUGAAUCUUGCAUCCGAGCAGCGCCAGACUCUCAUCCGAGAAUGGGGCUUCAAUUGCAGUUGUUCGUUAUGCGCUUCCCCAGACGAUACCGCUCUAUCGGAUCGCCGCCGGGGCCGGAUACAAGAACUGCUCGCGGAGUUGGAUGACCCGGACGUGCGGAAACCUGGACUGGUUAAGAAAAGAAUUGAUGAGAUAUUGGAUUUAUGCGAAAAGGAAGGGUUGGCGGCGCAGAUUGGUGAUUUUUAUACUAUUGCCGCGGAGGUUUACUUGAGUAUGGGUGAUAUCGGAUUGGCGAGGAGAUACGGAGAGUUGGCCGUGGGAGAGCUGAGGCAUUAUGCCGGGUACGAUCAUGAGCGGACUAAGAGUGCUACCUCAUUUUUGGAGAAAUUGCGUAGAGAAGAGAGUGUGUAAGAUGUAGUACUUUUCAUCAUAUUAGAAAUGUUAAAUAUGACAUUGAACUGCACUCUAUAGCGAAGGAUGUAUCGUCCUUCUUUUAUUAUUACUUUUGUUUCCAUAUCCGUCCUGAACGCCUGCUAAAUUGAGAUGAUAUUAGGGGGAUUAGCGAUAGAUAGGAUCGCCCCAUUUCACCUCUUGGCGACCGGUCGCAUCCUAAC